AUGCUCCUGCCAUGGAAGUGGGUGAGAAACACAAUCUCUCAAAGUCGAAAUGUGUUUAUGCUGGCUUUCUACGGAUGUGGCAUCGUGGGAAUGCUUGCUGUGUAUGGCAUCCUGCAGGAGCGAAUCAUGACGGUUCGCUAUGACGACGAGAUGUUUCGUCACUCAGUCUUUCUUGUCUUGUGCAACCGAUUGGUGGCGGUUUUGUUUGCCGCCGUCCUGGCCAGCAUGCACAAGGAGAGCCUUGCCAACAAUGCUCCACUGCGUUUAUAUUUGAUCGUUUCCCUGAGCAACGUUAUUGCCAGCACUUGCCAGUAUGAAGCCCUCAAGCACGUGUCUUUCGUGGUCCAGAUGCUGGGAAAGUCUUUCAAGACAAUCCCGGUAAUGAUGUGGGGAAUGGUGGUGAGUGGCAAGAGGUACAGCUUGACCGACUGGCUCCUUGCCGCCGUUGUCACGGCUGGCAUUACCAUCUUCUUGAUCUCUGGACCGCAUCGGGCGCCGGGCGAGGGCACCGGCUGCAGCACUCUGGCUGGCCUGGCGCUGCUCUCGGGCUUCUUGGCCUUGGAUGGUCUGACCUCCGUCAUGGAGGAGAAGCUCUUCAAGGAUUACGAGACUUCCAAGUGGAACCAGAUCUUGUAUGUGAAUUUGCUCUCCUCCACGACUUCAGCUGCUGCGCUGGUCGUUUCCGGUGAGUUCAUGCCCGCCCUCAGCUUCUCGCGGCAUGCGGCAUUCCUCAGAGAUGCUUCUUUUCUCAGCUUGUCAGCGGUGGCGGCACAAUACUUUAUUUAUUCGCAAAUCCGCGAAUUCGGUGCUGUGGUCUUUGCGCUGACCAUGAAUAUCCGUCAGGCCGGAUGGGUGGAAGGAUAUUGCUUGUCUAGUCCUGUCAGUGUGCAGGGUUCUGUUGUCUGA